AUGAUGUUGGAUCUCUGGCUUCCUCUUCCUUACAGAAUCGUCUUCUUCGUGGUUCUCGGAGUGUGGUUAUGGUGGUUGAACCUCCACAUCUGCCAGUUGGCCUCCAUCAACACCAACAGGCUUUUGCAGUUGCUGGCUGCUGGCUAUGGCGACGAGAAGCUGCUGCCCAACGACCCUGAGAAGGAGCCCCAACUUGAAAAGGGCUGUUUGGUCGUCUUCAGACACACAUUGUGCAUUGCCUUGGUCAGCUACCUAUGCUUCUUGCUAUUGCCUGUGCAAUCCACUGGUGACACUCUGUUGCGUUUCAAGGACUUUAUUCCUCUCUUGACCAUGCUCUUGAUUUUCGUUUAUUUGCUCAACUUGGUCAGGUUGCCCUUGUUGGACUCUGAAAAAAGCAGCGCCAACCUUGGGAGGAAAAGACUCUUAUCCACUUUCAAAAGAAUUAUUUGUGGAAACAUCAACUACAACCAAUUGAGAACCAAUGACAUACUCUUGUCCGACACUCUAACCUCCUACUCAAAGAUCCUUUUGGAUUUCUUCUUGUACCUCUUUUACCUAUACCAUGGCCAGACUUGUUUUCCAACCGUUGACGAUAAACUGCAGUACAACUUGAACUUGGAUAGAUCAAUCUUCAAUUUCAAAUCAAUUGAACCCCUUUUCUUGAUUUUUCCUCAAUUCAUACGGCUAAAGCAAUGCUGGCUUGAAUACAACCACUCCAAUAAAAGAAACAAUCAGCAUUUACUAAAUUUUUUAAAAUAUUCUUCAAAUUUAAUUCCAAUCUUUCUAAACUCUCUAUUGAAUUAUUCCACUCAAUACAGUACAAGAUUGCAAAUUGCUCAAUUAUACAUCUUCUCGAUGUUUUUAAAUUCGGUAUACACCUUUAUUUGGGAUGUAGCAGUUGAUUGGAAUUUCAAUUUUUUUAACUUUUUCUUGAAAUCCCACCAAAAUUUCAACAAACCAAUUAAUUUAAACCGCCCAAAGCUUUUAAGAAAUAUAUUGGUUUACAAAAUUAAACACUUUUACUACUUGGCUAUAUUAUUGGAUUUUAUUCUAAGAUUUUUUUGGUUAUUCAACCUUUUUAUCUCAGAUUUAUUUUUUUUCAACUCGGAGUCCGGUUAUUUUCUCUUGGAAUUAUUUGAAUUGAUUCGAAGAUGCAUUUGGUGUUUCAUUAAAUUAGAAACUGAAUGGGCAAAAAUCAGUUAUAACGAUCCAAAUUUAAUAGUCCUCGAUACCUUAGAAUCUCAAUCAAUUUCUCAUAAUCAUAAUCAUUCUAAAUCAAUAACUAGUAAUUGA